AUGCUCCCCACCCGCGACGAGAUUUUGCGAGCGACGCCAGCUGGUGAGGUGCUGAAGUGUUUGGGAAGGCCUCUUCGCCAAGACGAAGGGGAGUACUACCACAAAAGUCGCCCGAGCACCCGAAUUUCAUCCUUUUAUUCGCACAGUUGGCAUGGGCCGGCGUGGGCAAAGAUUCUGACACUCAUGCUGUUGAACAAUGGUAGCGCCGCGGUGCUGCUGAGCUCGGCAUCUGUUCUGUUAGUAGGUUUACUCUACGGCCUUGGAGCCCUGCCCCCAUUUUCGCUCGGCUGGGGUUGCGUCGUUGGGGCCUUCGUCUACUACUUGGUCUUGGCCUUUUGGCACCGACGACACCUCGUUUUCGUCGACAGGAUUUGUAUCUCCCAGUCAGAUGAGCAACUGAAAGGCGAA